GAACCUUCCCAGGAGUGGCCGGCCGACCAAAAUUACCCCAAGAGCGCAGCGACGACUCAUCCAAGAGGUCACAAAAGACCCACAGCAACAUCCAAAGAACUGCAGGCCUCACUUGCCUCAGUUAAGCUCAUGACUCCACCAUAAGAAAGAGACUGGGCAAAAAUGGCCUGCAUGGCAGAGUUCAAAGAUGAAAACCGCUGCUGAGCAAAAAGAACAUAAAGGCUCGUCUCAGUUUUGCCAGAAAACAUCUUGAUGAUCCCCAAGACUUUUGGGAAAAUACUGUGUGGACUGACGAGACAAAAGUUGAACUUUUUGGAAGGUGUGUGUCCCAUUGCAUCUGGCGUAAAAGUAACACAGCAUUUCAGAAAAAGAGCAUCAUACCAACAGUAAAAUAUGGUGGUGGUAGUGUGAUGGUCUGGGGCUGUUUUGCUGCUUCAGGACCUGGAAGACUUGCUGUGAUCAAUGGAACAAUGAAUUCUGCUGUCUACCAAAAAAUCCUGAAGGACAAUGUCAGGAAGGGGGCAAGCACUUUUUCACACCACUGUAUGCGUGUACCAAUAGCUUCAAUAGGGCAAAUUCUGUGUGUGCGCAAGCGCACUUGGCAAUAAAGCUCUUUCUGAUUCUGAUAACGAAACUGUCUUAUAAACAUCAGCCAAGACCAGAGAGAAACAGAGAAAGGAGUGUCAGACUGAGACGUUUAGCUUACAAGUAGGCAUCGUUCUGAGAACAACAGCUCAUCUGUCAAGACGUACUGUAAGACCCAAGAACAAAUAAUGGAAUUAGAGGACUUUCAUGAUAAUAAACUCAGAAAUAAUAAGAACACAACUGGACUCCAGAGACACUGCCAGGAUGAUGGAAGAGCUCAAAAUCGUAGAAGUCGAUGUUUGGUGGUGAUCACAGUGUGUCUCGGGAUCCUCUGUCUUCUUCUGAUUGCUGCCAUUAUAUAUCAGCACAUUCUGAGCACUUCUAAACGGGGAUAUCUGUGGGGUCCAGAUGGCUUGUUCAUAUCCAAUAAGGAGAUGAGCUGGUCUGAGAGCAGGCAGUACUGCAGGGAUCGAGGAGCUGAUCUGGUCAUUAUCGACACUGAAGAGAAGCAGAGACACAUAACUUCAUUAGUCAAGGAGAGUGUGUGGAUUGGUUUGUCUGACAUUGAGAAUGAAGGGACCCUGAUAUGGGUGGAUAAUUCACCCCUGAAUAAAGGGUUUUUUGUUGAAGGUCAACCGAAUAACUAUUAUUCAGAUGAGGACUGUACUGAACUGAAUCCUACAAAACACGCCCUGAACAACUGGAGUGAUUUCCAAUGCUCUUACAAGAAAAAAGGGAUUUGUGAGAAAUAGGAUUCAUCCUGAUUUUGUCAUGCUAAAACUUGUAUCAUCUUAUGGAAUCAAUCUUAUUGUGAUCGCAUUUUCACAAUCUUAUUGUGAUCGCAUUUAUUGUGAAUAAAUAACAUAUUAAGA